CAGCAACUUACACUGGUGUCAGAUCAACAGAUAUAUCUUUGUCUUUGAAGCAACAGCAUCGCUGUGUUUAGCAGUGAAGCAGAGAAACCAUCCACAUCCAGGACUCCAAGCCAAAGUCCAGCUUGAGGUCUCACCAUGUCCACCGACCCUGCGGCCGAGCUGCCUUUCUACUACGGCAGCAUCAGUCGCUCGGACGCUGAGAAGCAUCUGAAGCUGGCUGGGAUGAUUGACGGCCUCUUCUUGCUCCGACAGUGUCUCCGCAGUUUGGGAGGAUACGUCCUCUCCAUUGUGUGGAACCUGGAGUUUCACCACUACUCCGUAGAGAAACAGCUCAAUGGGACUUACUGCAUCACAGGCGGGAAGCCUCACUGUGGGCCCGCCGAGCUCUGUGAGUUUUACAGCAAGGACUCUGAUGGGCUGGUGUCCACGCUGAGGAAACCCUGUCUGCGCUCCCCGGACACACCGAUACAGCCCGGCGUGUUUGACAGCCUGAGAGAAAACAUGCUGAGGGAGUACGUGAAGCAGACCUGGAACCUGGAGGGGGAAGCCAUGGAGCAGGCCAUCAUCAGUCAAGCACCUCAGCUCGAGAAGCUGAUCGCCACCACGGCCCACGAGAAGAUGCCUUGGUAUCACAGUAAAAUCAGCCGCCAGGAAGGUGAGAGGCGGCUUUACUCUGGAGCACAGCCAGACGGCAAGUUUCUAGUGAGGGACAGAGAGGAGUCUGGUACUUAUGCUCUCUCCAUGACAUACGGGAAAACCGUGUACCACUAUCAGAUUCUCCAAGACAAAUCAGGGAAAUUCUCCAUGCCAGAGGGGACAAAAUUUGACACAAUCUGGCAGCUGGUUGAGUACCUGAAGAUGAAACCUGACGGCCUGGUGACUGUUCUCGGGGAGGCGUGCCUUAACAGCAAAGCUGCUGGAAAGACACCAAGUCUUCCUGCAACAAGGCGGACCGGACAAAAUGGUUACACGCCGCCACCUCGAGCUGUUGCAGCCGCCUCCAAUGCAGCUACCAGCGUCCCUGCAGAGCGUGACCUUCUGCCGAUGGACUGCAGUGGGUUCAACCCUUACCAUAACCCCAACGAUGUGAAGAGAUUUAACAUCCAGAGGACUCAGCUGCUGAUGGAUGAGGUGGAGCUCGGCUCUGGGAACUUUGGCAGUGUCAAGAAGGGCGUCCUCAAGACUGAUUCGGGUCAGAUAGACGUGGCCAUCAAAGUGCUGAAGAGUGACAAUGAGAAGCUGGUGAAGGAGGAGAUGAUGAGGGAGGCAGAGAUCAUGCACCAGCUGAGCAACCCCUUCAUCGUCCGAAUGCUCGGCCUCUGCAACGCUGAGAGUCUGAUGCUGGUCAUGGAGAUGGCCUCUGCUGGACCUCUCAACAAAUUCCUCAGCAGCAAUAAGGAUACUGUAAGUGCGGAGAACAUUGUCAACCUGAUGCACCAGGUGUCGAUGGGGAUGAAGUAUCUGGAGGAGAAGAACUUUGUGCACAGAGAUUUAGCAGCUCGUAACGUCCUGCUGGUCAACCAGCAGUUCGCCAAAAUCAGUGAUUUUGGGCUCUCCAAGGCCCUGGGAGCAGAUGACAACUACUACAAGGCUCGCACUGCAGGUAAAUGGCCACUGAAGUGGUAUGCUCCAGAAUGUAUAAACUUCCACAAAUUCUCCAGUAAAAGUGAUGUGUGGAGUUUUGGUAUCACCAUGUGGGAGGCCUUUUCCUAUGGAGGGAAACCUUACAAGAAAAUGAAAGGACCAGAGGUGAUACGCUUUAUUGAAAGUGGGAGCCGCAUGGAUCCUCCAACAGUAUGUCCAGAGAGGAUGUAUGUGCUGAUGAAAGAGUGCUGGACAUACAAGCAUGAGGAACGUCCGGACUUCAAGAAGGUUGAGGAGUCCAUGAGGUCGUACCAUUACUCCAUAUCGAACAAGGCCAAGCUUGAGGGAGCUGAAGCCGCUGCUGAGCCUGACAAGUAGACAGAACCAAGGCACAUUCUGUCCCAGUGCUGCACAAAGCAUCCUUUCAACUGGCCAUUAAACAAGCAAAACAAAGAGCUUUUUAUGAAUGGUGCACACUGACCAGCUUCGGCUACAGUACUGAUACAGCUAAACAGGCCUCAGUGACAAUAAAUGUGCAUUUGUAAAUUGAACUUCAGUGUGUCAGCCAUGAAGGAGGAUCUCUGUCUGUCUGUUGUGGUUUGAAUGUUAAGUGUCAGUGUCUUCAUAUUAACGAAGAAACUAAUUUUAUAUUCUGGUAUUUUGGAGUAUAAUGGGAAUAUAUGAUAGAUGUGCAACUUGUUUUUUUCCUUUUAAUCUGCCGCCAUCUAAGAGAAGUUUUUUUUUAUUUUUUUUUAUGUCAAAUAAAGUAGAAUGAACCUGAUAGAACUGCACAAUUUAAUGCUGCGAUUUAAAUUUUUGUGCAAAGUCAGUUUGAUUUACUUCCACACGAAGUUUACCAAUCUGAAAAGGGGAACCUUAACCACCAUUAUACCACAACUACAAAGAGACACACGAUAACUUCAAACAUACACAAUAAGAACCACUUACAAACAGCACAUUGUUCUUCUUAUCUGUUUCUCGUAUGUAGGAGUGGUUGGGAGCCUUCUACAUGUCUGUGCCCAGGGGCCUGUUGUCUCAAAAUUUGUCCAUAGUAACAUCCGAGAAACAUGCAAUGUAUAUAUGCGCAGAGCAGAUCAAGUGGAUAAUCUGCCAUGAAAAAGUUUGUGUAUUGCUAAGGGAGAUACGUAAAUUUCUUCCAGAAUAAAAGACCUACAUGGUAAAAUUAGCAGAGUUCUCAAAAUAUUAGAGAGGAUUUCAGCCAUUUAUGACAUCUUGUAUAGCACUAAGUAAACAAAUAACCACUAUAAAUAACCAGUAGUUUAAAAGGGAAUUAUGUGCUGAAAUACAUUAUGUGAAAGGGCUGUGAAUAGAUUUAUGGGCAAAAUCAUGAAUUUAGAAGACUUAAAGCCAGAUGUUGUCUUUGGAUUUCCUAUCAGUAAAUCAAACAUGAUAUAUGUGGUUUAUAAUGACUGUGUUAUAAAAUAAAUGGGAUUAGUCAGGCUGCCCCCUGCCAAAGGAAGUACUUCUGAGCUACCAGGCAACACUGAAGGCCACACAACACCGGAAGUUGAUGAAUUUGUCUUCAAAAUAAAGUUGUUUUUUUUUUA